AAUUGAUGUAGGCAGAGAAGAAACAUUUUGCAUUUUUCGUAUACGAACUAUGUAGUCUAGUAUAGAAACGUGAGUUACAAUUUCUUAUAGUAUAUUAUUAUUUUCUUCAGACAGUACUAUACAUAAAUUAAUAAAAGGGCAAAACAAAAAUAACUACAUGCUGCAUACUUUUUUUAUUUAGACAAAUAUUUUAAAUGAUUUUCACAUAACCAACGCUUUACAUCUUUUUUGUUGUUGUAAGUGUGAGUAUUCAGUAGCCUAUUGUACAUUAUUAUCUUUUAUAAAACGUCGAUUUUACGAUGGAAAAUUGUUAUUUAUGAUUGUAAAACUAAACACAAUUAAAUUAAUAACAUAAAAAUUGUCUUCUUUUAAAACCGGUCAUAAUCAUCCAACUACCACUCAUUACCGAAAUCCAGUAAAUUCAUUCCUUGGAUGCAUUCCUGCUCGCCUCGUGUAUGUGAGUCAUGUGUCACUCAUGACUGGACAGUUAAGUUGUCAAUCAACUACUCAAAACCAGUGGUUGACUCCAUACUCAUAGAACCCACCCAUUGUUGGAAUAUUCUCAAAAUCCAUUGGCCAAUACGGCUAAGUCCCGCCCUUCUUCCCAAAUGUCUGUUCCAACACUGUGGAAAAACACAGGUAACCGCUGGACAGCGUUAGCCUAGCACAACUAAGAUCACAAGUCUAUUACACUGCAUUUUACGCGGCUUUGAUCUGAAGAUGACUUAGCGCAGAUCCUUCGUGAUGAUGAGACCGAUCUUCUUCGAGUGAAGUUACAAGAUGAGUGGAAAUCAUAGUCGGAUAGAAAUGGACCUGGCUGUAGGAUCAUCAUCAAAGCCUUAUGGAUCAUCUAGGAGUAUUGUCAGAAGAAUUGCCACAAGUCUUCCCUUAGCACCUUGCCCUCGUGUCCAUUUUCAGCUUCAUCCAUUCUCCGCAGGAGCGAGUUUCCUCAACAAUACAAAUGGGCCAAAUGGACCUGUGGCCACACUCGCAGAUGUGGGCUGGAUGGAAAGAGAUGAGAGUGAUGACACUGGCAGAAAUAGGUUUGAGGCGGAUUCCGGGUUGUUUUUCCGCACCCAGCAGUGCAGACCAAUGAGACGUCGGCGGUCAUUACCCAGUUUGCACCAGGCUGAACCUGCACCACAGAGUCAGACGAUCAUCAACGAUGAAGCCAUUCAGAAAAUCAGCGUUCUGGAAACUGAGCUGGCCAAACUUAGAGCGCAGAUUGCACAGAUCGUUCAGGCACAGGAGCAGAGUGCUCAAUCCACAGGUGUAUAUAAUGCAAUACAAUUUUAGUAUUUUGAAGUAGUUUUUCUUUUGAUAUUUGCAGUUUACAGUUCUGAAAUCAGAGCUGAAAGGUCUGGUUUCACAGGUGGGGCUUAGACUAAAGCCAGGAUUAGGCCAUAUAGGUAAUAUUUAUAAACAUGGAGGACUGGUGUUCCUCUUGAGACAAAACAAAGGCCUUGAUAUAUUUUAAGAUCGAUCAGUUGAAAUAGCCCAGACUUAGUUUUAGUCUGGGACUAGGUUUGAGCCUUGUCUGUGAAACCGGGGGAAUAUGAUGCAGCAUGCAUUUAAAAAAAAAAAAAUGUUUUCCAAUAUGGAAAAUCUCAGCUUCCUUGAAUCAUGAUACUUUUUUUGUGAGAUGCAAAAUUGACAGUUUCACAAAAAUAAGUGGUUUUAUGCUCAAAACAAGAACAAAUGUCUAUUAAUGCAUAAGAAAAAUAAAUAACUUUCCCUUAAUACAUUUUCCCUUUGGGGAAAAAAAACUAACUUUUUCUGAUCCUACAGGCAUAUAUCUGUUUUUAUUAUAGUCUCUAACUUUAAUGAUGUUCUAAGUGUCCUCUUCAAUUCAUUCCAUA